UUGGAAAGGACUGGGAGGGUGGAGAGGGUGGAGGGAACUGCAGUUCUGAGGACUGAGCAGCUGCCAAGUGAUCUCUUCACGAAAUAAAGUACAGACAAGAUUUUCUGCAGGACUGGGAACUUGGACUUGUCACCUUUUCAACUACCCAGGAAACAAGGCAGUGCUACAGAGAACAAGGGAAGGCAGUAACACUGAAUGAAAGUGAAGACCCUGGAAGAUAAAAUGUGCUGAGCACCAGGGGUUUGAGAGAAGCUUCAAGCUGCUAAAGAUGGAAAAUAAGACAGGAGGUGAACUCAACCAGACACAACUUCAGGCCCGAGCAUUGGUAUCCCUAGAAUACCAAGUGGUCACUAUCCUCUUAGUUCUCAUCAUCUGUGGAUUGGGCAUCAUAGGCAACAUCAUGGUGGUCCUAGUGGUGUUGAGAACCAAACAUAUGAGGACCCCAACUAACUGUUACCUGGUGAGCCUAGCAGUAGCUGACCUUACGGUGCUGGUGGCUGCAGGUCUCCCCAACAUCACUGACAGUCUCUAUGGUUCCUGGGUCUAUGGCUAUGUAGGAUGUCUCUGUAUUACCUAUCUCCAGUACUUGGGCAUUAAUGCUUCUUCUUGUUCCAUCACAGCAUUUACAAUUGAGAGAUACAUAGCCAUCUGCCACCCCAUCAAGGCCCAGUUCCUCUGUACCUUUUCAAGAGCUAAAAAGAUCAUUAUCUUUGUGUGGGCUUUCACCUCCAUUUAUUGUAUGCUUUGGUUUUUCUUGCUUGACCUCAAUAUGGUCACUUACAAAGAUGCCACUGUAGUGUCCUGUGGCUACAAAGUAUCUAGGAAUUACUACUCACCCAUUUAUCUGAUGGACUUUGCCAUAUUCUAUGUUGUACCAAUGAUUCUAGCCACUGUCCUCUAUGGACUCAUAGCUAGGAUACUAUUCUUGAAUCCCAUUCCCUCAGAUCCUAAAGAGAGCUCUAAGGCAUGGAGGAAUGAUCCAACUUACCAGAAGAAGAAUUUGAAUGCUAAGACAGCCAGCAGAUGUUUCAAUAGCACCAUUUCUUCCCGGAAGCAGGUUACAAAGAUGCUGGCAGUGGUUGUGAUUCUAUUUGCCCUUUUAUGGAUGCCCUAUAGGACCCUGGUUGUGGUCAACUCAUUCCUAUCCAGCCCUUUCCAAGAAAAUUGGUUCUUGUUAUUCUGCAGAAUCUGCAUUUACCUCAACAGCGCCAUCAACCCAGUGAUUUACAACCUCAUGUCCCAGAAAUUCCGGGCCGCCUUCAGGAAGCUCUGCAACUGCAAAAAGAAGCCUUUAGAGAAGCCAGUCAACUACAGUGUGGCCCUGAAUUACAGCGUCAUCAAAGAGUCUGACCACUUCAACACAGAGCUUGAAGAUAUCACAGUCACAGACACUUAUCUGGCCACUACCAAAGUGUCUUUUGAUGAGACGUGUUUAUCUUCUGAGGUAACUUUUAGCUGAGCUUGAGUCACAAUAUGAAAUGUGAUGGACCACAAAGUGGAGGGGGCUAUUGGGCUGUUAUGGAAGGAGAGGAAAAACUGCCUUUAUGGUUGGUUAUAUGUGAAGUGGACCAGGGAGAGGUUUUCCCUAGGUUCUUUAGUCUCCUUUGACUUUGUUGCCCAUUUGUUGUCCAGGAGAGGAAUUCAGAAUCUUUAUCUUGGUAGAAUUAUCAUACAGAAAAAUUAAGCUUAUCAGAGAAACAUUUAGGUUAUAGCCAAUCAGAAAAAAAAAAGUACCUUUUUUAGAUUAGUUGAAUAAAUUCACCUUAUUUUCCAGAACUCAGUAACUGAGUACAGCUUCUAUGAGCUCUGGCCAUCAUUUUACUCAACUUACAAAGAUUUUCUCAUAUGGGAUUAUUCUCCCCACUCCUCCAAAAGGCUACAUAAUGCAUUCAAAUUAUGUUAAUGCCUACAGUAUUCUACAGUAGAUUCAUUUAAAAUAUUAAUUAAAAAUCCAAGUUUCCUUAAUAUUCUUAAUAUCCACUUAAAACACUCAGAUUCCUGCUUGCUAAUAGAUUGUUAUUAAACUUUAAUGUAAAAUGAGUCUCAACUGUUUCCAAAAUUGUACUAAUAAGAUUUACAUUUUGAAGCUAAAGCCAGCUUCUUCCAACUAUUUAAGCCUUUAUAAAUAAUGAUUGGAUAGGAUGAAAGAAAUAUUUUCAAGGAAAAUCUUUUGAGAUAUCCUUAGGUAUAAACUACUGAGUCAUGUCAAGAAAACUUACUCAAAAGUCUAAAUCAUUUAUAAAAACUUAGUUAACUUCCAGUCUGCCAAAAUUCAGCUUCAAAUAUGGGCUACCCACCAAACAGUCCAUAGUCCGAAUUUAAAAUAGUUUUCAAUAGCCUUUCUUGUCUAAUUUUCUUUUCAUUAUUCUUGGGUUCAACUUUUUUCUAGGGGUUAGAGAUAUUCUGUUAAACAUGAACAUUUUAGAAACUGUGCAAUUUCUGUAGACUUUCUUUUUCCUCAGCUUUUAGGCAGGGGUACAGCAGUGAAUAGAGCACUUGUGCCAAAGUCAGGAGCACCUGAGUUCAAACCCAGCCUCAGACCAAACGCUUGACACUUACUAGCUGUGUGACCCUGGGCAAGUCACUUAACCCCAAUUGCCUAAAAAAAAAGUUUAGGCAGACUCCUUAAUAUCUUUAGUAGAUCUGUUCAAUAUAUGGCUUAUUCCUGUCCUUCCCAUGAGCCAUUAAGCAUGUUUGAAUGUGAAUAUGCCUAGAAUAUUUUGUCAUAGCCCUACCUGGAAUGCUUUCAACUGUAUUAGUCCCUUGCCCAGCCAUUCGGUAGAGACUGUACAUUUGUACUCACUGAGUCAUCAUCAACCAGAUCCUCCCAGUACAGAAGCUACUCUUUGUGAGUAAUUUAAGCACCCAGCAACGGAGUCUUAAAUGAUUGACCCUUCCAAGUCAUUUCUGAUGACAAAUUUAAGAGAUGCCAAGCACUUGAAGUACGAUAUGGUCAAGUAUCUAUCCACUCCAGCCUAUAUUUCUGGUUAAUUCUAGAACCUCAAUCUCCCUUCUUUAUUAUGGAAUCAACUCUAUAUACUACUUCCAGUUUUACAUCCUUCUUCAUGGUGGUCUUGCCUCUGGAAGUUCCCUCCAGUACUUGCUUUUGUGAAAUAGACAAUUGAUUAAAAAGGGAGGGAAACAAAAGGCAGAGUGACAUCAGAUUCUUCAUUAGGCCCUUCACCAGAUUCUUGAGGUAGGAUAUUACAGUGAUAUUACUGCCUUUGGAGUCAGAGAAACUAUGUUCAAAUUCCAGCUCUACCACUUACUCCUUUGUGAUCUUGGAUAAAUCAUUUCACCCCUCUAGGUCUAAAUUUCCUUACCUUUAGAAAUGAGAGAGUUGGGUUUAAUGGCUGCUAAGAUUCUUUCUAGGUCUAAGCCUAUGAUAAUUAGUUUUCUGACUAAUUUUAGAUUAGACAUGAUAUUUUCAUAGAAAAGGUAAAAUUGUGGGGAUGAGUUUAAGUGAAAAACACAGCUUAGUGGAAGACUAUUAGAUUCAUGAUCAAGAGAUACCUGGCUUUAAAUCUUAUUCCCAGUACUUUUUUCACUUGUUUGAUUGUGGGGAAUUUAGUUAAUCUCUCUAAGCCUCAGUUUUUUCAUCUGUAAAAUGAGAGUUAUCAUAGCUGUUAUCCCUUAUCUCAUAUGAAUGUUAUAAAUUUCAAAUGAAAUAAUGUAUGGACCAUGCUUUAAGGUUAAAGAGCUAUGGAAACAUCACCCUUUUAUUAAAUAGGCAUUCAGGACUUGUAAUGGAAACUUUUAAAAGACCUUAUGACAAAAUUAGUUUUUUAAAAAGUAUCCUUGGCUUAGCAAAAUGGUCCUAUAAAGUAACAAAUAGAAAGAUUCAUAUUUCAUAGUAUUUUUUUAAAUGCCUUUUCAUUUCAUUCACUUCAAUCUAAUAUAUGGGUUCAGUUCUAUUCAUUUUUAACUUUUCCCAAAAGGUUAUUAGUUAAUAAUCUCUCAGCUCUGAACAAAAAGGGGAAUUCAAAAGAACAGAGCUCAGAGCAUUUCAACUCUAAAGCAAAUGUCAUUACAAAAUUAAAUGUUCCCAAACAAUGCCCUAUAGACAUGGUGCUUAGCCAGGAGCUAAAGAUACAUUUUAAAUAUUUGUCAUCUCACAGAACCAAAUCACUAAAGAUUUCUGUAAAUUAAAAGAAGAAACUGAAUACUUAAUCAAACAAAAAAUGAAGGGCCAAAACCACUGAUUGUUAAUGAUAUGACACUUUUUUUAAAGCCCUCCUUCACCCAAAUGCUUUGCACUCUCACCCCUCUUUGUUUCCAGCUGUCACUGGGCAUAUACUGUCUUAUGUUUGAAUCUGAACCAGGAGAUAAUUUAGGCAAAGCCUAAAGAAGGCUGUUUGACAUCACUAUCUUGGACACUUUUCAGAAACAUCCUCUCUCACAUCUCCUACUCCCCACCAAGAAAAAGAAAAAGAUUUUCCAAUCCUUAAGAUGAAUGGAAAAUAACCAAAUUUUAAGCUAGCCAAAAUAGGAGACUUUAGUAAGACACUACAACACCCAAGGCAGUGGUCAUUUCAGCCAAAUAUUCAGAUAAUCAAGUCAGGGGAAAAAUAUAUAUGUAUGUAAAUAUACAUAUAUAUGUAUACAUACAUGCGUGUAUAUAUAUAGAGAGAGAUGUAUCAGUCAAAAUGGUCAUUUCAUAUCAUGACAUCUCAUAGUCACUCUCAAAAAUAUUUGUUUGAAUUUUUUCUCUUUUCCACAGAUUGUGUUAGCAUUGUAUAGACAUUGCCUUUGAAACUGGUUCCUUCAAUAUUGAUGCAUUGGUCUAAAAAAUCAUUCUUUCUCAUAUCAAAGUCUCAAAUCAGGAACUUAUCACAGGAUCAUAGCUCUUGAGUUGAGAAGUUGCAUGUUUCAGUCCUCUCACUUGAUAGAUGAGAAAAUGGAGGCUCUGAGAAGGGGAAUGAUUGUUCAAAGUCAAAAAUACAGUAUAUAGGAAAGGAGGGAUCUGAACCUGAUUUACUCAACUCCAAAUUCAGCGCUCUUUUUUUUUUUAUUGUACCAUGGCAAUACAUUCAUUCUUUUCAAGUCCCUUUUACAUACUCUGUAAUACAGAAGCAGACUUCAGUUGAUCCCUAGAAAGGGACUAUUGAAUAGGAAUUUCUACUUUAUCAUUCACUAAAUUAGACCAGGAGGAAGGAAUAAGGGAGAUAUAACCCCAUGUGACCAUGGGCAAAUCAUUUUAACCCUUUGGGGUUCCAGUGACUCAUCUGUAAAAUGGAGACAAUAACAGUACCUACUACAUAAGUUUUUUAAACAUUUGCAACAUUUUAUAAAAGCUAGAAUGCUUUGUAAUGCUUUGAUUAUAUAUAUUCUAUGUAUAUAUAUUCUAUGUAUAGAAAAUACAGCCCUGAAGCAAAUUUUCAUUAGCACUUUCUUGUUUCCUUGGUGAUACAGAACAACUUACCAAAACAUACAAGUAUGCCAUCACCUGAGAAAAAUUAUUUCAAUUAUUUCAUUUUACUCUCAGAAGUGGAGAGGAAAGUAGUUGGAUAAUUCCCAAUAUAAAAGUCCUUAAUUACAUAUUAAAAUGUCAUUUGCAGCACCUGUAAAUACUCCAUUUUUGGUUUGACUGCAUAACUAAUAUAUUUAUUAUAUGCAAAUGCUAGACAAUAAUAGCCCUCAAGCAAUCUUUCUUCAACUGUAUUCAUUUCUAUAUACUGAGAUAAAAAGCAUAGAAAUUGUUUGAUUAUUACAUAAAAUAAUCUAAAGCUAUGAAAUCUCAUCUGGCUAUAUUAAAGCAUUCCUUAUCUCUCAGGAGUACACAAAAGCAAAUACUUUUGGUCCUGGGUUCCUAAAAUUAGAGUUGGAGGGGCUUGUAGGAUCAUAAAUUUAGACCUGGAAGGGACUGGAGAGUCCAUAGAAUGAAAUCCUCUUGUUUUAUAAAGAAACUGAAGGAGAGAGACUUUAAACGACAUUUCAGAGUCAGAAAGCAAGUAAAUGUUGAAAGUCAGAUUUGAGCUAAGGUCUGUUUGACUUCAGGUCUAUCUCUCUACCUACUAUGCCACCUGGGAAUCUUAGAGGUCAUAUAGUAGAACUACCUUAUUUUAUUAAUCAGGAAACUAAGACCCACAUAAGUAAAUAACUUCAGCAGGAUCAAACAGGUAGUGAGUAGCAGACCCAGGAUUAGAACUUAGGUCCUCUGCCUCCAAAUACAAGCCUUCCACCCCUAUAACACACUUUGGAUAGUCCUGAAUUUCUCCCUGUGGCCUAAUACCUCAGCCCCUCUCUAAGAGAACAUUUAGCCAUCAGAGUUUGUUAGUUUUUCUGAUCCUGAUUCUGUGUCCUUUCAUUUUGUGUUUUUAAAAAUUUCCUUCCUCCACUCCCUAGUUUUUGUGUAUUUGGGUAAGAUAUUUAUGUACUUGAAGAUGUAACUGUUUGGUAUUUUUCAGUCUAAAUAUUAGAUUUAAGAACUGUGUCAUAUGAUAACAAUUAUGAACAAUAACUAUAUAACCUCAUUGGUUACAUUGCUAAGCAUCCCUUAAUAUAGUGUAGCAAUUUAUGUGUUGAUAUUUCCAUUGACAUUUGCAUAGAUGUUAUUCAUUGCUUACUUAACUUUAUGCAAAACAAGAUGGAAAGGCUAUGGCCCAGUCGUAUUCUUUAUAUUUUCUCCUCUUAGUAUAAUUGCUAUUAAUUCCUUAGCAAAUUUCAUGUGCCUAUGUUGAGUAUUAGUGAGCAUUAUUGUGCCUGAAACCAUUAGCUCCAUUGGAUUGCACUAGCUUAACCUAAUGCAGUAUGUAACCUAUUUAAAUAUUUCCAUGAUAUGUUUUGAAAUUUUGUAUUUAUUAAGAAUUGUACAUAACACUGUGUUGCCUAUUUGUCUUCUUGGCGAAAGUACUCAUGAUAUUAGACUAGAUUCAGAUUUUUAUAAUCACAUCUGGAAAGACCUGGAAAUUUCACAUUGCUAGGACAGCACCCCAUUGGAACCAGGAUCUGAGGCUAUCAUGCUUUCAAGGAGAAGCUCUGCUGGGACUAAUUAAUGCCUUCAAUUGUGGUCCUUGAGACCACAAAUUGAAACAUUCUUCUGGUGUCAUCUGGUGAGACUGACUUUAAGGAGAAAAAAAAAAGGGCUUACCUGGAUUCCAUGUAGGCCAUCUGUUAUUGCUGAGGCAGCAUUAAAAUACUUCCUGAUAAAUGGAAUAUUCUCUGAGUCCAGUUUGCCUGUAUACAUGAGUUAAACUCUUUGAUGAACGCUGUAAGGGAUGCAACAAAGAAUACAGUAAAAUCUAAUAAACAUUUAUUUAGGGUUUAAUGUAAUCAGUUCAAGGUACAGUGCUAGAUACUGAUAAAACAGACAAAAAGAAACAGUACCUGCCUUCAAGGAGCUUACAUUUUACAGUGGGAUGCAAUAUGUGAACUGCAAAAAACUCUACAUUAUUAUGCAAGAAUGGUAAGAAUAUUAAAACCUGGAGGAUGAAAAGAAACAAAUCAGAGACCCUCAAAAAAUAAAAUACCAUCCAAGCCCUCUGGAAUCAUACUAAGUAAUUGUGGAGACAAGACUAACUUAAUAUGAAAUAGCUGCAAGUAAUACAAGACACACAUGUAAUUAGGUAGUCAUCUGCAUGGUCCAGGCUAUAACUACAGGUAAUUAGAAGCCAGAUCAUUGGGUGGAAUGGAAUAGUCAGGGAGGGCCUCAUAGAAUUCACUUUGUACUGGGACUGAAAGAAUAUAUAUUCCUUGAGUACAGGCACUGUUAUAUUUUUGCCUUUGUUAUCUCCAGGGCCUGACACACUGUAGGUGCUUAAUAAGUGCUUCAUGAUUCAUUGAAGUAUUGGAAGGAUUUAGAGAUGCAAAUGGGAGAGGGAAGAGCAUUCCAGUCAAUGAAGAAAACAAAAAUAAAGACAUGAAGAUAGGGAAAGAUCUUUAGGAUGAGUACACAGUACAUGGCAAAAAAAACCCAAAAAACCUCUCCUAGAUCCUUAUGCAUGGUAAGCAUUUAAUAAGUGCUUAUUAAGCUGAAUUUAAUUAUAAUGACAUGGACAGGCUGAGGAUGAACGAGCUUUAUCCUUUAUGAGAAUCAAAAUUUCAUAAUUGGAAGAAAAGGAAAAUUAGGGGUAUAGAUGCUCAUAUGCUAACUUGAGAAACUCUUUAUACAUACAAAAGAAUAUGAAAUAAGUGUGCUUGUAUAUGUAAUCCUAAAUCGACUGUGGUUAUUUUCCAAACAUUGUGAAUUAUAUUUAUUCUCUUAAUAAUAAAUAUUGUACUAUUUAUUCUAGGCAUGGCAUGAUACUGGAAGUAAUUUCAUGUCUUAUUUUUCAAAGGGGGAAAUGCAUUAUCACUAUAUUAUGCAGUCUCUACAUAUGACAUAUAUUAUAUGUACAUAUAAAUAUUUAUGUGUAUUUUUGCAAGGCCCUUAACUAACUGAAUCAAUACAAAUAUAUAAUAACAUAGUAGGGAUUCAGGGAGAUUCAGGACCCUGGAAUCACCAUUAAAACAAACUUUAAAGUUGAGCCUUGAAAAUUCCUAAAUGUUUAAAAGAGUUUGCAUGGAUUCUACUAUUAGUUAUAGCAUCCUUUUUUCAUUGCAUGUAACUUGUGGUUUAGCUCUGAGACUCAAGAGAUAUGCCUCUGACUACCCUUUUUCCUGUUGUAGAAAUAUAUGUGCUUAGAAAUAAAAAACCCAAGUCUCCACAUGAGACAAUACUCUUUCAGAAAGUGGAAUGUUAUAUAUACUCUCUGUGACGUCUGUGAUCUAAUGUUUUUAU